GUGCCAGCCUGCUCCUGCUCCUGCUCCAGCUGUGGCUCCUGCGGGGGCUGCAAAGGGGGAUGUGGCUCCUGCGGGAGCUGCAAGGGGGGCUGUGGCUCCUGCGGGGGCUGCAAGGGAGGCUGUGGCUCCUGCGGGGGCUGCAAGGGAGGCUGUGGCUCCUGUGGGGGCUGCAAGGGGGGCUGUGGUUCUUGUGGGGGCUGCAAAUCCAGCUGUUGCAAACCCUGCUGCUGUCAGUCCAGCUGUUGCAAACCCUGCUGCUGUGAGUCCUGCUCCUGCUCCUGCUCCUGCUCCAGCUGUGGCUCCUGCGGGGGCUGCAAAGGGGGAUGUGGCUCCUGCGGGAGCUGCAAGGGGGGCUGUGGCUCCUGCGGGGGCUGCAAGGGAGGCUGUGGCUCCUGCGGGGGCUGCAAGGGAGGCUGUGGCUCCUGUGGGGGCUGCAAGGGGGGCUGUGGCUCCUGCGGGGGCUGCAAGGGGGGCUGUGGUUCUUGUGGGGGCUGCAAAUCCAGCUGUUGCAAACCCUGCUGCUGUCAACAAUGUGGCUGCUGUGUGCCAGCCUGCUCCUGCUCCUGCUCCAGCUGUGGCUCCUGCGGGGGCUGCAAAGGGGGAUGUGGCUCCUGCGGAAGCUGCAAGGGGGGCUGUGGCUCCUGCGGGGGCUGCAAGGGAGGCUGUGGCUCCUGCGGGGGCUGCAAGGGAGGCUGUGGCUCCUGUGGGGGCUGCAAGGGGGGCUGUGGCUCCUGCGGGGGCUGCAAGGGGGGCUGUGGUUCUUGUGGGGGCUGCAAAUCCAGCUGUUGCAAACCCUGCUGCUGUCAGUCCAGCUGUUGCAAACCCUGCUGCUGUCAGUCCAGCUGUUGCAAACCCUGCUGCUGUGACUGUUGCAAGCCCUGCUGCUGUGAGUCCUGCUGUUGCAAGCCCUGCUGCUGCCAGUCCAGCUGUUGCAAGCCCUGCUGUUGCCAGUCCAGCUGUUGCAAACCCUGCUGCUCCAGCUGCUGUGCCCCCGUGUGCUGCCAGUGCAAGGUCUGA